AUGCAGGAACUAUUCCAUCGCUCAGCCUCGACAACCUUGAUCCCGUCACGUGCAGCGAGCUUGUCUGCCAUACAUAGGGGCUUGCGCCGGUCGGAGAGGGCUCAUUCCGGUGAUCGAUGGCCGUCAAGAGAUUCGCCCACCAACGGCCCUAGAGGCGCCCGAGGUGCACAAGGUGCCCGAGGUGGUGCCAGAACCAGCAAAGCGCUUGACGGCGCCUCUUCAUGGCGCCAGCAACAGAAGCUCAGGAAGAAGCUGGACCGCAAGGCAGCCGAGGAUGAGGAUGAAGAGAGCGGGCGGCAAACAAGACGGAAGCGGUUCCUCGAUCCGGAGUCCAAUUUUGGCAAGAAAAGCUUGGUAUACCAGCUCAAGCACGGAGAGCUUAAGGAACGAGCUGCGUCUCUGGACCUGCAAGAGCCUGUCCGUCCUGCGCCUCGACCUUACAAUGACCGGUCGCGCCCGCGGAGACCUGCGUCUCCGAAAACACAAGAGCCCUUUCCUCCUGGGAACCGUUCCUACAACGACAACUCGCGCCCACGAAGAGCAGCGCAUACCAACGGCAGCCGCCAGCCUCGCACCGAAGACGACGACGGCUCGCUUGGGAAAGCCGAGUUCAAGGGGCGUGGAAGGGGAAUGAUGCCAAUGACGAUACACUAUACCACCGCGGCGUCCCAAUUUCUUUACGGCCGAUCCGUCGUCAAGGCCGCCCUGGAGCAGGGGAGACGCAAGCUCUACAAGCUAUACAUCUACGGUGGCGAGAAUCGGAAAGACUCGAAAGACAACGCCGUCAUGAUGGCCCUGGCCAGGAGACAAGGGGUGCCUAUCAAGAUUGUCCCGAAUGAGGAGCAACGCCUCAUGGACAAGAUGAGCAUGGGGCGCCCGCACAACGGCUUUGUCCUAGAGACCUCGCCGCUGCCGCAAGUACCCGUGCAGUCCUUGGGCAAGCUCGAAGAAACCCCCACGAAGCUUGGGUUUCAUGUCCAGCUGGACCACCAAACGAGGGAGGAGGAGGCGAUCAACGGCACCGACACGUUCAUUCCUCGAUCCAACGACGUUACGCCCAAGCCAUUUGUGUUGCUGCUCAACGAGAUCCUCGACCCUGGCAACCUGGGGGCGCUCCUCCGAACGGCAAGCUAUCUCGGUGUGGAUGCAGUUGGCAUCACAAACCGCAACUCGUCCACCCUGACGCCCGUUGUUCUCAAAUCGGCAGCCGGGGCAGCCGAAGAAAUUAGCAUUUUCACUGUCGACUCGCCGGUCCAGUUCAUCGAGGAUUCGAAGAAGGCUGGCUGGAAAACGUACGCAGCUGUAGCCCCGCCAGAGCGCAAGCUUGUGAAGCGCCACGGCGACAAGUUCGUCUCCACGGACACGAUCGAACAGACAAGCCCGCUGGAGCACGACCCCUGCGUGCUGAUUCUCGGCAACGAGGGCCACGGCUUGUCGAAGCCUAUCAAGGUGGCAGCGGACUAUGAGGUAUCGGUACCUCGAUUUGUCCAAGGCAGCAGUGUGGAUAGCCUGAAUGUGAGCGUGGCAGCCGGCCUGCUGUGCCACUCGUUUGUCAAGGCGUCGAUGGGCGAGUCGGCGGUGCCCGCGGAAACACAUGGCCGUGGCAGCGACGAGGGGGCGAGUGCUGCAAAGGAUGAAGCCGACAAGGGCGAGACGAUGUUCUGA